AUGUUAAACGUUUAGAAUAAAUUUGAAAACUUUGAAUUGGAAAACAAGCUUACUUCUCUCAUAUAAAGAUUAAUGGAACCUCACAUUCAUAAUUUUUAUAAAAAUUAGACACUGAUAACGGAAAUGUCUCAAAAAUAUAAAGCUUAAGUUAAUGAAGUUUCAACUUUAAAAGAAAAUUUGGAACCUAAAUAUAACGAAUUAAAAUAAAAGUUGUAAUUUUUAGAGGAUAAAUUACAAGAUAAUUUUAAACUUUGUAUCACAUAAGCUUAAGAAAAACAAUAGCAAAUUUCCUAGAUUAAAAACCAAAUUUAAGAAUAUAGUAUAUUGAAUAAACAAGCAGAGAAGCAAUAUAUAGAAUCAAAAAGAGAACUAGAGGAUGUUAAGGCAAACAAUACAUUGUUUAAAUCUUCUAUAGAAUAAGUGGUCAAUAAAUUGAACGAAAAUAAUAAUUUAUAAUUACAGGAAUUAAAAAAAUCGCAAAUGGACAUUGAUUAAAGCUAGAGAAAAUUGAUAAGUUAAAUUUCUAAUUAAGAAAACAAGUUAUUGGUAGAAUCAAUGAAAAUUAAUGAAAUCAAGGAGGAAUUAUCAAAAAUUUCCCUAAAAAUAAAACAGGAUUUCACUUUAGAUAAAAUGACUUUAAAGAGUCAACUGCAAUAAGAAGAAAUUAAAAAUAUUAAAAUAAAAUUAUAAGAUUAGGAUAAAAUAUGUAAUAGGAUGAAUUCAAUAGAAAUAUAUUUAUUAUAUUAUCAACAAUAUCAUGUAUAAAGGUAGAUAAAUGAUGCACUUUUUAUUUGUUAACCUGUGUAAUUUUUUUAUAAAUAUGCAUCAUUUGAAAAGUAAAAAUUGGAUGAGUUUGAUAAAUAUAUUUUAAAUAUGAAUAAUGAUAUCAGUAUCUAAGAACUAAUGAAUUAGCAAAAAGAUAUAGUGAAGAAUGCUACUAAAAGAUUUUAGAAGGUUUCAGAAACUGUCAAAAAUAUGGAAAAUAAUGAUCAAGAUUCUAACUUAGAGGAUUAAAAAGGAGAAGAUCAAAAAAUAGUAAACCAUAAAGAAAUUUAAAAUUAAUAGAUAAAAAAAAGGAAAUAAUCAGCAAAUUUAGUUUAUUUUGAAGAAUAGUUGCGUUAAUUAAGGGAAUAUUUCGAUCUUUAAAUGGAGGAAAAAUCAAAUUAAAUUGAUUCCUUAAAAUAAAAGAUCAAAUAACUUAGCGAUGAGCUCUAUUUGUCUUAAAUAUAAUUUUAAGCUAGCUUAGAACAAAAUAUAGAAAAAUAGUCGAUAAAUUAGAAGUUAUCUAUAACUAAUUUACAGGAGUCAUUAUAUGAGGUAUAGAACGAAUUCUAAAGGAGUGAUUAUAAGAAGUUGAAUGAAGAAAUAAAUCUUCUGAAAAAAUUUCAACAAAAUAUGAUAAAAUUAUCUUCCAAUAUGUUAUGCUUGUUGAAAUAGGAUGAAUAAGAUAAGGAAGGUCUAAAAUUGUUAGGUGCAAAAGAUAUUUAAAUUGACAGUGCGCUCUCGAUAAUGAACAGUUAAAUAAAUUUGGGAAAUAAGAAGAACUCGAUAAUAUUAAAUACUGAUUGCAUCUCAUGUUCAGGAUCGCCAAUAUAACUAUUCUAAUUCUUCAAAGUUGCCUGUUUAGGUUACAACCCCUCUGAUGUUGAAGUAGACGGUAUCUAUUUUAAAAGGACUGAAAUAAUUCAGUAAUGCUUAAAUAUAGUCCAAACUUGCGAGAAGAAAAAUAGGGAUUUGCGUCCAAUAAAACAAAGAUAAAUUCGGUAGUUCGAUCAACGGAGCAAAUCAAUUUAAGCAUCUCCUCGUUUCUUUUCAACAGAAAAUAGAACCAAAUUAGCAAAAUAUAGUUAAAUGAAAAUAUUUUAAUGA